CCUCAGAGUGAGGAGAGCGAGCUGGGGAGAGCAAGGCAGUUCCGAGGGAAGGACCGGUGCGAGGCAGCAGCCCUUGAGGCACUGCUCACCCACCUUCCACUCGUCCUCCUUGUCUCAAUAUCUCUCUCUCUCUCUCUCUCUCUCUCUCUCUCUCUCUCUCUCUUUCUCUCUCUCUCUGCCAUUUUUCCCUGUCUCAAAUUACCUAUUUAGCCAAAGGAAGGAGGUAAGGGGAGUAACCCCCCCCCCAAAAAAAACCUCCAAAAACUAAUAAAACUUUCACAGUCGGGACCGAGUGGUCGCCGACUAGCCAUGGAGCUGCUGUGCUGCGAGGUGGACCCGGUCCGCAGGGCUGUGCCGGACCGCAACCUGCUGGAAGACCGCGUCCUGCAGAACCUGUUGACCAUCGAGGAGCGCUACCUCCCGCAGUGCUCCUAUUUCAAGUGCGUGCAGAAGGACAUUCAGCCAUACAUGCGCAGGAUGGUGGCCACCUGGAUGCUAGAGGUCUGCGAGGAACAGAAGUGUGAAGAGGAAGUCUUUCCUUUGGCCAUGAAUUAUCUGGACCGUUUUUUGGCUGGAGUCCCGACUCCUAAGACCCACCUUCAGCUCCUGGGCGCAGUGUGCAUGUUCCUAGCCUCUAAGCUCAAAGAGACCAUCCCCCUGACGGCUGAGAAGCUGUGUAUUUACACCGACAACUCCGUGAAGCCCCAGGAGCUGCUGGAGUGGGAGCUGGUGGUCCUGGGAAAACUGAAGUGGAACCUGGCGGCAGUCACCCCUCACGACUUCAUUGAGCAUAUCCUGCGCAAGCUGCCCCAGCAGAAGGAGAAGCUAUCCCUGAUUCGCAAGCAUGCGCAGACCUUCAUCGCUCUGUGUGCUACAGACUUCAAGUUUGCCAUGUACCCACCAUCGAUGAUCGCAACCGGAAGUGUGGGAGCAGCCAUCUGUGGGCUUCAGCAGGAUGAAGAAGAGAACACACUCACGUGUGAUGCACUGACUGAGCUGCUGGCCAAGAUCACCCACACUGAUGUGGAUUGUCUCAAAGCCUGCCAGGAGCAGAUUGAAGCUGUGCUGCUCAACAGCCUGCAGCAGUUCCGUCAAGAGCAGCAUAAUGGAUCCAAGUCUGUGGAAGAUCUGGACCAAGCCACCACCCCUACAGAUGUUCGGGAUGUUGACCUGUGAGGAUGCCGUUCAGGCCCGCAAGAGAGAGGCGUAAUUCAUCAUCUGCUCGCUCCUUCUCUCUCUAGUUAUGUUUUGUUCUUUGUGUUUUAGGGUGAAACUUAAAAAAAAAAAAUCUGCCCCCACCUAGAUCGUAUUUAAAGAUCUUUUAGAAGUGAGAGGAAAAAGGCCCUAUCGUUGAGACCCAUGUGGUACCUGUUCAAAGUACAGCAUGAGGGGACCCCUUGUUUGUGAGAACAGUUGUUUGACGAUGCAAAAGUCAUGGUGAGAUACGGGAGAACUCUCAGACUAGCUCGAGAUUAUGUGUACCUGCAAUAUGGGAACAAAUUAGAGGACACUGUCUUUUGUGCUUGUGAACUAGUCCAUAUGCCCCUUUUAGUAGAAUUGCAAGGAGCCAUGGAUGCCAGGAAGGCAUGAUUAGGUUGCAAAGCGGUGAACCCAAGAAGGAAUCAGAAGCAAGAAGGGACAGGCUGGGGCGGUUGCACAGAACCACCUGUCCACGUGACUGAACCAUUUUGGAUGUAAGAAGCGCCUUGAUGCCACACCACGUGUUACCCAGACCUAGCAUGGGGUUUCUACGUUGCAUACUCUUGCUGUCUACAGUAGCUGCUAUCUAAGGGAUGUAUAUGUCUCUUGCCAGUUGGACACAGGUGAUUGGCUUCUAAGUCUCAUAUUUGGUGAGUUUGUGCUUCUUCCUCCAAACCUGGUUCAUUGUAGGCGUACCCUACUGUUAUCUAAUGGAGGGAAUUGGCUAUGAGCCCUGACCAAACUCAUCUGAAUGGGGGCAGAUGGAGACCACAAGCAGAAUCCGAAACAAAGCUUUUCUUAUGUAACAGAAGAGGGGGAGGUGAUCUUUAAUCCCUUAUUAGGAAAUAACAACUUAAUUUUUGGUGCUGAUUGGCAUUUCUGGUCCACAGUUUAACAUUGCUAUAAACCAUUCCAUUAGAAAAGCACUUUGAAAAAUUGUUCCAGUAUGAGGGGGUGGGGAUGUAGAUGGGAUGGUUUAUGCAAUCAUGUUGAAUACUCCUUCCUGCUUUGCCCCUCCCCUUCCUGUCCCCUUCCCGUUAUUUCCGGAGUUCAUUUCCGGAGUCCGAUGUUCUGGUACCUAGCUCUGGUGUCCCUACCAGGACUAAGAGAUCCAUCCACUGACAUUCCCAUCCCAGCCUAAAAACAAAGGUCCUAAACCAUUCUGAUGGCAUAGAAGGAUUGAAUUCCAUCUGUAUUUUUCUCCUUUGGACAUGGAAAGAAACAUCAGAGUGCGGCAUUUUGCUCCCUUUUCCGUUUUUUUUUUCCCCCCCGUUUGUUUGUUUGUUAAUUUUACUGCAAAGUUGUAUUCAUUGUACUUGAAUUUUUCUUCUCCCACUUCUUUGAGGCAGUCAGUAAACAGAAGUUGGAGCCACAGCUGUUAAUUGACAGAUAAUGAAGCUAUUUGUUAAAAUAUUUGCCUUUUUUUUUUUAAGAGAAAAGAUCUGAACAGGGGUGGUUUGAAGAAUUAAUUUUACACACAGGUUCUGCCUUGUGUCAUUGUGUGAGGGUUGAAGACAGAAACAUCUAGGGUCUCUUAUCUUUUGUCUCCUUUUGUUCUGUUUUUUAUUAUUAUUUUUCGCUGCUAAGCUGAGAUCAUUCAUCCCUAUUCACAUUAACAGUACCUAGCUGUAAUGUUUCACGGUGUGCUGCUAUUUUAGAAACAUUGUUAUAAUAUAUUAUUUUACUGCUUAAAUUUCAAGUCCCGGAAGUAGACGGUUGAGAUGAGUUCUUUGUACUGGAAAAGCUUUUCCUUGGUUCGUUUUCUUCUGGUAGCAAUAUUGAUGAGUUAUAUUUCAUCUUGUUUUGUUCCUUUCCUUUCAUGGCUCUUUUUCCCCUCCUCUGAUCACAUCCUUCAAAGAGAGUAUUAUUUACCUCAGGUUUACUGGACAAAAUCAAUAAUGAUAACAAUGUACAUUUUUGUUUUCAUGAUACCUCAUAGCUACACAGUUUCUGUUUGGAAGGCCGCUACCAGGAGGCACAGAGCGAGGGCAGGCAGAAGCUGGGCACCCUCCUAGGUAGAAGGUAGAAGGGAUCUUUCCUGUCUCGAAGGUCACCAGGCUCCCCCUUUGACUCAGGCUCCCUGCUCAUGGUAAAAGAGCACGCUGAAGGAAGGGCUCCUCCGUACAAGGCAGAUGCUCAGCAAACACAGUGAACUAGCUAAGCCUGAUUUGCAUGCAGUCACCGGAAUCAGCAAUCAAGAAUUCGGGCAGACUGUUAGGAGACACACACACACACACACACACACACACACACACACACACACACCCAUCAGAAACAGGACUUUCUUCUUUAUAGUGCCCCUUCACCAUGGAAGUUGACCAGUUUACUUCUUGACACUUAGGACACCCCAACUUAGGACAGUCUUCCUAGGACUGAGUCUGCAGCACACAUUUCUCACUCCUCCACCGUGGCAGGCAGGUGCUGAGAAAGGGACACGGCGUCUGUGGGUGGCGUUGAACGGCUUCAGGUUUUGAAUCCCAUUGAGUGGGCCAGAUAGAAAGCGCAGGUUGAAUGAGUUUGGGAUGCAUGUUGAAAGGGAGCGAGAGGCCGUUCCUCUGGUCUCGAGUGUAUUUAGAAAGGAUCAGGACUCGGUGUAAAAGUUAGCAUGACCCUAAAAUUCUAGGGAGUUUGUGGUGGAACCAUGGGUGAUGAAUCGGGAAGUAGGGUAGGGGGAAAGGAGAGAGGCCUGCAGCUAGCCAGCGUUGAUCCAGUGUUGAUCCACAUUGCACAGCCCACUCCCCUGGUCUUUAAGAACCUGGCACACAUGGUCUCUUUAGUUCUUGGGUAACUGGGGUGCCUGGUGAGUUACACAAGGCACGAGCAACCUUGGAGGCUAACAGGAACACAGAAUGAAGGAAGCUGACAGCAGGGAAGAAGCAGGCUGCUGUCUGCCCCUCCAGUCCUCUUACCUGGGAUGGAUGGCGGAGACACUUUCUGCCAUCCUCCUAGCUUGUGUGUUGAGGUGUGCAGUGUGGCUGUUCUGCCUCCUCUUUGCUUAUGCAAGGGAAGGGAGCCUGGAUUCUUUGGUGGCCGAUACCCUCUGCUUAGAUUUGGAUCUCCUUGGUAGUAUUUUUGUCCCAGAGGGUAUAAAUAACCCUGGGGAUUUCAGCUUGCUCCCCCUUCACAUCCUACAAAAGGGAUUGCAGACUCUGGUCUUUUUCUGCCUUUGUUAAUGAGCUCUUGGUGGUUUUUUGUUUUGUUUUGUUUUUCAUUUUGUCUUGUUUUUCUUUUGUCAUCAUUGUUGUUUGUUCUUUCUCCAUCUGUGGGGGCUAAGUUGUUCCCCAAGCCUGCCAAAUUUUGGUCCUUCCCUGUUUUGACCAAAUCCUAAGGGGGAGAAAACCCUAGUAUGCCAAAAAAUAACAUGCUAAGCAUUAGGAGAUUCCUAACAGUCCCUUAAUUACCAGACAGCCUGUGAGAGGACAAAGGCUGACCAUCCACCUGUGCUGAGUAGCUAGCUCCUUCUAGAAGGGAUAGCGUUUAGAAGUUGCUUUGGUUUGAACUGUCCCCAGGAUGCCACAGAAGAGCAGGGCACAUCUUGGAGGCGGCUAGGGCAAGUUGUGUGCCUACCAAGAUAGACUCCCCUAGCAGCUAGACAGGCUGGGAGUAUAUGUAGCUGUCCUGGAUCCCCUUCUGUUGCUAGCAGGAUAAGUGACCACUCAGAGGGAGCUUAAUAGUUUUCUUAUAGUCUAGCUCUUUGGGGGACCUACCAUUCUGUGCCUUGAGAGCUGUAGGACCAACAGACUAAGAUUGGAUGGCUUUCACAAAGAGAGCAGAUGAGCUUUCUCUACGUGGGUGGGCUGUGGGGACAGGACUGGGAGGAUCACACUUGUACCUUAUGUCCUGUAAAUCCUGAUUUUCUAGUUCAAGAGGGUAUACCGGUGGUGCGGAAACUGGAGGUAGCAAUAAGAAGUCUUAAGUAAGCAGCUGACUUCUAAGCCCAAAGGGUUCCUCUUUGCUUAUCUUAGACAGUCAAACCUUGGGAAUAGCUUUAAAAGGGAAAUGAAUACCAAGUCAGUGAAGUCCCCGUAAGUCAACAAGGCCCGCCAUAGGUUCACAUUGCACACAAGCUUUUAUCGGUGCAGACUCUGGGUGGUUGUGAACAACUGCAGCUCACACAUCCAUUUGUACAAAAUCAGGUAGGAAGAUCCAGGAGGUGUUGGGACUUCCUUACCACAUGUGGCCUUUGAUGAUUCUAGAGUCUAAACAGAAGAGGCGCUUGAGCCAGAACCUGUGCCAUUCUGCUUUGAAACUUGCCUGGGCCAUCAGACCCAUGAUUGGCUCCAGCUUUAAGAAGCCAUCAACAAAUACACUUGAUGGAGCUGCAGACUUUGCCUGCAGCCCACUUGUGGGGGAGAAGUGCCUUACUGACCGUAGCCAUUACAGUAGCCACUCCAUUUCAACAGGUGCCUAUCUUUGACAAAAAACAAAACAAAACAAACAAACAAAAACACACACACACACACACACACAUUAAAAAGUUCUCUUAAGUUUCAUUGGCUGUCAUUCUUAGGCUGAUCAUCUUGUGUGUCCCCAGCAAGUCACCAGGCCAUUGAAUUGUCUCCAUUAUUAUCCUUCUGCCAUGUACCUCAGAUCUAUCAGUUUCGAUCUCUUGUCUUGGAUUAUUUUCUUUCUUUCUUUUUUUUCUUUUUUAAUUUGCUUUAAGAGUGUGAUACCAUAUGAAAUCAAUGUUAUUCUCUCACAGUGUACUCUAUAACAGGUGUGGGUGGUUUUUAUGGUUGGGAUACUAGAAAAUGCUAAAGUAGCAUGAUCAGUAUGAACAAAAAUAAAAACAAAAAAAAAAGGUCUUUAGGAAAUCCGGGGUGGGGUGGGGGGACACAUUGUAUUGACCAUGAUGACGAUGUCACAUAGUCAGCUGUUAAGUUUUGAUGUGAUCUUAAAAGAAUAACGUGUUCUGACUAGUUUGAAGUCGGAUUUGAGGAUGGAGUUGUAAGUGGUUUUGAAUGCAAUUAGGUUAUGCUAUUUGGACAAUAAACUCACUUUGACCUAAAA